UUCUGGUUAAUGUGCAAUCUGUCUGGGAGGGGAAGCUCUGUUUGCAAAUGAGUUCUCUAAUGUUUCAUCCUGUUCCUUUGCACUCGUGUUGUAGCUCACAGGAAUGAACUUCUCUAAAACCCCUGUCCUUUAAGCAAUGGUCUCGGUCUAACUUCUGAAAACCCUCUGACAGCCACAGUCGGACAUUUAAGGAAGUUUGACGAAAGUUUCAGAAUGGCCGACUACAACGCUGAACAACAAGCGCCUAGCAAACUCAACCAAGUUCAGGAUCAAGUCAAUGAUGUUAAAGUCAUUCUCAAAGACAACAUCAACAAAGUCCUGGAGAGAGGAGAGCGGUUAGAUGAUCUGAUGGGCAAAACAGACGAUCUGCAGGCCACGGCGGACUCGUUUCAAAGGACAUCCACGCGUGUUGCCAGAAAGAUGUGGUGGAAAAACACCAAGAUGAUGAUUAUAAUUGGUGUGGUAGUGCUUGCCAUCAUCAUUUUAAUCAUCCUGCUCGCAACACAAGUCAUUCCCACCUAAUGCAACCCAGACAAGUACACACACACACACACACACACACACACUAAGAAUUAAUGCCUUUUUUACUAUGAAAGAAACUGGACACAUUUAUAUAUAGGUACAUUUCUAUUUUUGACAUUUCCUGUAAAAUUCUAUAUAAAUCUGGGGGGAAUAUGUCAGGGGUGUGUAUACAUAUGCAUUAUAUGUGGUUUUUACUUGUUAGGCUGUUUUUCUAAUAUAAUGAGACUGAAAACAACAGACUUCACUGUAAGUGGAAAGUCUUUCAGGAUGUACCUGCUGUGCUUGACACAUUCCUAUCAAAAACACACCAAAAACCAUUUCAAUUCUGAUGACAUUUCAUUACGAACCUGCAGACCUGUGAAUGGUUAUAUGACAGUGACUCGUAACAUUUCUCAUGCUCUCUGUGCUCGUGAAACUGAUUUCAUAGCUUGACAAAGAAUAGUCUGGGCUGAAUUAAGAGGC